AUGCAAAACCCAGCAGACCCCAGUCCAGCGAGCUCUGGCACAGCAACACCAAUCAAACCUUCACCAAUUUCUCCAGAAUUCCCUGCUCCUACUCCUCUACCACAACCAUCACAACCAGCCGCAGAUCCUGAGAAAAAAGCCGGUUCCCCUCCAGCUUACACAGCGUUCUCGCCAUGGCGCAAACGCUUCAUACUGACUGUUGUGACCGUCGCCGGUUGCUUCGGGCCACUGGCCGGCAACAUCUACCUCCCUGCGCUGCCUGUGUUGGAAAACGAGUUCAACGCUAGCGCAACCGCCAUCAACGUUUCCGUGUCCGUCUUCAUGUUGACCUUUGCCGUCGGUCCUCUUUUCUGGUCAAGUUUUGCCGACUGGAAGGGCCGCAGGCCGCUUUACAUCAUUUCCAUCGCCAUCUACAUUGGUGCCAACAUCCUUCUGGCUGCGGUCCCCGCGAACUAUGGCGCCCUUGUUUUCUUAAGAAUCGUCCAGGCCUUUGGGUCUGCUGCUGUCGUGUCCAUGGGUGCCGGGACUGUUGCAGAUGUCACUGAGCCGAAGAAGCGUGCGACAGCCAUGUCCAUCUUCCUAAUCGGCCCCCAGCUGGGACCUGUAUUAGGACCCGUGCUCGGAGGAGCUCUCACGGUAGCCUCCUGGCGUUGGAUAUUUGGCUUCCUGGCCAUCUCUGGAUUCGUCCUGUGGAUCAUCAUCGUCUUUUCGCUCCCAGAAACCCUCCGCGCAAGAGUAGGAAACGGCAAACUCUACUCCGAGUCUGGCUUCAUCCUCCUUCCCCCAACCUGGUCCUCUCCUCUUGCCCCUGAGUCCGAAAGAGGCCCCGCACCCCCUAAACCGACUCUCCUCGGAUACUGGCGCCUCUUCUCCUACCCUCCCAUCGGAAUCGUGACAUUCAACACCGCCAUGCUCUACUCGACCUACUUCGCCAUCGCCGUCCAACUCCCCACCGAGCUCGCCGACCGCUACAACUGGUCCACAGCCGGCAUCGGCGCGGGUUUCCUGGCCGUCGGCAUCGCCAUGAUCGUCGGCUCUCUCAUCGGCGGUCGCGCAUCCGACUGGAGACGCGCGCGCGCCCUCAAGGCCUCUCCCGACAACACCGUGGACCCCGAGAACAGGCUGUCCGACCAGAUCUGGGGCGUCCUGAUCUGCGCCGGCGGAUGUCUGAUGUACGGCUGGGUGGUGGACAAAUCGGUGCACCCGGCCGUCGUUCUCCUCGCUACGUUCCUGACUGGUUUCGGCAUGAACUGGGUGUUUGUGGCCACGACGGCGUUCCUGACCGAGUGCGUCGCUCAGCAGGCCGCCGGCGCCUUCGCCCUCGGGAACAUGCUCCGGAACCCCGGCGCGGCCAUCGCGGCCCUCGUGAUCCCGUCCCUCGUCUCCAAGAUGGGAAGCGGCUGGUGUUUCACCGGGCUGGCGCUCUUGGAUCUCGUCCUCGUCGGCUCCGCGGUCAUCGUGCUACGAAUCAAGUCUCCCGGCUGGAGGGCGGCGCGGAAGGCCAGGAUGGCUGCCAUGGCUGCGGCGAAGCAGGGAGGGCCGAAAUGA